AUGACUGCAACAUUGAGAUCAAGAACAUAUUUAAGUUUUGUAUCGCCUAACAUUGAAGGUGUUCAUUCUUAUUUCAAAAAUAUUGAAGCUCAUAACUGGCGAAUUAAACAUUAUUUAAGCUAUCGCUUGAAAGAAGACGAAUUAAUUUUACCUUGGUCAGUCGUUUAUGAUGACUGGCAGAGUUCACUCAAGGUUCUUGUGAAGACCAAUACUAAACAAAUUCCAGGUAGUGUGUAUGGUUUCUGUGCUGAACUACUAGAAAUUGACGACACCUUCGAAGGCACUGUUAUCCUGGAAAGCUGUAAGGAUUUGUACGAAGAUUUCCAUGAUCAGUAUCUUGAUCUACAGAUCGCCGAAAGAAACCAACAAUUAGGUAAAACCCUAUUUUCUUCCCAAGAGAUAUCAAAACAUUUUCGAAAAGCAACAAGGGGAAAAAAACGAUCGUACGAUGGCAAAGAUAAAAUAAGCAUUAAAAUAAACAAAACCCAUGGAGUACAUACAACGGGUGCUUUGGAUCUCUCACAUACGACUACCCUAGAGGAAGAAGAAGAUGUGUCAAUUGAUGAAAAUGUAUCAGAUGAUGAAAAGGUUGAAAUGCUACGAUGUACAGAGGUUAGCGAUAGUAUAUUAGCUAAAAAACUUGCUGAAUUCGGUAAAGGAUUUGCGAGGUAUAAUAUCAUAUUCCUUCCCGAAUGUAAUAAAAAUGAUCUUCUACGUGCGACAUUCGAUGAAGAGUGGCAAACUUUCGAAAACUUUUUUAAUAAGACAGAAGAAGAGAUUACUUCGAAAAUUUCUCCAAUAAAGAAAGUUGAAAAUAUUCUUUACAAAUACCGGGAAGCUUUGUUGAAUGCAACAGAUGGAGGAUACGUUGAAAUUGAUUCCGUAUUUAUUAAUUAUAAUUAUCAAGAUGGAUAUAAAUUUCGAAGACACUGGUUGGAGAACUGGGUGAAUGAUGUGUAUCGGAAAUUUUUAAUAUGUUUCCAGCUUUCAAGACAUGUUUUGAAUGACAAAUCAAGUAGCGAAUAUCAAUAUCGAGACUGGUUUGUGAAUUUAUUAUUGGAGGAUCUUUUUCUGGACAUUAAUUCUCUUAUCCGAUUGACAACUGGUGAAGUUGAAAAUAUACAUCGAAAAAAUCAAAAGAACUUAUCGAAACUUCCUGAAGAUAGACGACAAAUAGGUUGGUAUCAUGACGGGAUCCUUACAGUUAACAUUAAUGGCGUCGAAGAAUAUAUUGGUAUUCUUGAGGUUGUGGGAAAUGCUAUCGUUGAAGAUCACGUCAAGAUGAUUGCGGAUAGGGAUAAAAUUUUAAAGGCGAUGCGACUAGCAUUAUUUCAACUAGAACAUACAUUGCGCAACAAUGGUAUUAGUGAUGAGAAGCAACUCAAACACAAUCUUGAGACAUUUGGGAUCCUAGUCGAUAGGCGAGAUUUCAUCAUCUAUGUGAUGCAUUAUUAUGAGGGAGUAUAUCUAGUUGAUGAAAGCGAUUUAUCAUUCAUAAUUCCUGACACACCAAUGCAAUUAUAUCUGAUAGAAGACGUUAUAAAAAAAUUAUUGGCAUUUAGGGCCCGUGUAGAAUAUCUGAAUACAUGGAUAAAAAUACAAUUAAGAGAUACGGCAUCUGCAUCUCGACGUCAUUUACGACGAAUAACAACUGCUGUUGAUUUAUCUCCAGGCACCUCAAAAGCCAACCAACAUUUGGCACACAUCAACAGGCAUAAAAGUUCUGCUAAGAAAUAUAAUUAG